AAUUAAUAUUUAAUUGUAUUUCAAAAAUAAUAAUUUGGAUUUUAACUAUAACUUAGAAUAAGUAAUAUCAGGCAAGAAUAAUAUAUAUAUAUAAUUGAAAUGUCUUUUGGAACUCCAAAAGUUUUAAACCCAUAUAAAUAUUAAAGCAGUUCCAUUAAAUAAAGGGAAUAACAGCCAUAAUUAAUUAAUGAGGUUAGCAAUAGUAGUUCUGGUAAUAAUUUAACUGAGAUUACACAAGUGCUAGAGGAUAAUUAUAAGUCUUUCAUAAAAGUGAUGUAUGAAGUAUAUAAAUAUGAAAAAGAUCCCGAAAUUAAGAAUUAAAAGUUUCAAUUAAUCAAAAAAAUAUCAUCUUCAGCAGAUAAUGAUAAUGCUAUUGAUUUAAACAAAGAUUAUUUUAAGGAUUUUGAAGAAGAAAUAAUUGCUUUCAUACUUAUAGCAUCAUUCGAUGAAAUCCACACAUUCUUCAUGAGAUUCUAUGGCAUUUUUGAUGAAGAUUAAAAUUUUAAAUUAGAAAAGCCAGAAAUAGAGAAAAUUUUAAAUUAUAUGGCAUUAGAGGAACAAAUGGGUAAAGAAAAAGUUGAAUAUUUAAUUGAAUAGUUAUUGGAGGGGAGCAACAAUGGAACUAAUACCUUAUCUUUGAAAAUAUUACAAAAACAAUAAGCUAAUUAACUUUCUUAAGAUCUUAAAGAUGAAUUUUUUAAGCUGUAUGUUAGUAAGGGUUCAAAAAAGUUAGAAAAUAAAUCUCUUGAUAUGAAGAAAUUUUUUGGAGUGUUGCUAGGAUUUUUCUUUUAGUAUACUAGAAAGAGAAUUUAAAAUAGAAUCUUCUACUGGGAUGAAAUAAGAGGUAUUGAUAAUAUCAAAGGAUUAAAAACACAGAUUACUGGAAUGAUGACUCUUUCUUAUGCACUAAAAAGAGUUACAGGGUUAGAUUAUAUGAAUAAAUUAGACAGAAAUUCAAAAUAAGUAUCUUAUAGACAUAUGGAGUAAACACUAUAAACUUAUAAAAAUGCAAAUCGUGAUAUUUAACUUGAAACCAUCUCAAGAGUGCUUUCAGAUAUCGAGAAAUUUAUGAAAGUUGAUAUGCAGACAAAAAUAGAAUUUAGAAAAGUAAAGAUGUAUAAGCUUGUUGAUUUUGUUAGUAUGAGAAUAGCCUUCCACAAAUGUUGUCAGAAUAUUGUAAUAGAUGCAUAAAAUGAAAACAAAAGUCCAGAUACGUUUAAUUUUAAAGAAGAAAUCAUAUUAUGGAAUAGUUGCAAUUCAAAGUAUAUACUUAAGUAAAACAAAAUAGAAAGGAGUUCGCUCAAAUUUUUCGAAUAAAAUUAGAAAUAAAAUGAAUUAGAUUUAGAUUAUGAAUUUGUCGUUGAAGAAUUUCUAAAAUCUAAAUUUUAAAACUUAGACAAAAGAAGUAGGUAAAACAUUACCAAAAAUAUAGGAUCUUAAAAUAACCUUUAGCAGUAUUAAAUUCCUACUUAAAUCUUUGAAGAGUUGAUGUAUGAAGCUUAAUAUAAAAUCAAAUUCUACAUCAUGAAAAUUUUUUCUGGAUUUGGUUUUAAAAUAUCUGAUCAAAUUAAAUCAGACUUUUUAAAUUCAAGAGGUGCUAUUAAAUGGUCUUUGCAAGAUAGUAGUUAGCAAAUCUUAACUUUUAAGCAAAGUAGCAAUUAUAAAGGAUCUAAAUUUCAAUAAUAAGCUCUACAAAAAAAAAGUAAUGAGUAGUAGAAUGUUGAAGAAGAGGAGGAAGAGCAUGACAGUCAGGAUGAUGUAUAAAACAGUAAAGAGCUAUAAACAUCCAAAUUUAGAUAGUAAGACAGAUAAAGUAGUAUUAAAAUGCAGUAAAUGGGUAAUUUUCUUCAGUCAGAUAGAAAAAGUAUGUAGAAUAUUUAGUUCUAAAAUAAUUAGAAUAGAGGAGGAGAUAUUUUAAAUGCUUGCUUUAUGAUGGAAGGGUUGCUCGAAAAAGUGUAAUACAUGAAAAAAGAUGAAAUAAAAAAGCUUAAGAAGUAAGGCAUUCAGAGUAAGAUAAACAUGAGUGAUGAAUAAGAUUAGCUUUAAAAUUAAGAUUAUAAAAGUUCUAUUAAUGUUCCUUCAUCUUCUUAUAUUUAAUAAUAAGGUUUAUCUAGUGGCUCUAUAUUACCAAAAUCUAGUAUUAAAAAUAGAGGUUCUUAGUAGUCAAUUGUUUCAAAGCUUGGUGGGAAUACGUAUCAUAGGCAGUCUGAAGCUCCAGCUAUAUUGGACGAUUUAAGGAGAAUAUAACCUGAUGACUAUUAAGAUGAUAUUUUAGAUUCUAUUUCAUUAUCUCAUCACGAUUAAGAAAAUAAAUAAGAAUUAAUGAAUAAUAGUGUAAUAGCUCUGAUGAUGAUGAAUAAUUAAAAAUAUUAAAGAAGAACUGAAUACCAAAAUCGCUUUCCUAUAGAAUCAAAUGGUUCUUAAGAUUAAAUCUUGGAUGAAAUGGAUGAUUUUUAAAUAAAGAGAGCAAGUAGUUUUAAGAGAUCGUUUUAAUCAUAAAAUAGAUAUGGAUAUGACUAAAAAUAAAAUUUAUAAACAGAUUUUUCUCAACCUAAAAUAAACAAAGAUGUAUUUGUAGAAGUAAGAAGAUAGUAGGCAAUAGAUAGACUUUCAUAUUAUCAGCAAUUAUAAAAAUUAUAAAUAGAAAAUAAUCAAUAGGAAAUUCCAAUAAAUUAAAAAGAAAAAAACUCCUCAGCAACAGAUCGUACUUGCUCAAAUUGCAGUAUUUUCUGA